UUGUAAAAUAAUUAGCCCGGUCAGCUCACGCGUUGCCUUUUCUUUCUUAUUUUUACAUAGGAAUAAAUGCAAUAACUUCAAUAAUUUAGAUUUUAAUAAAACCCUGUGAUACUAAUUACGGCCGAGUGUGAACACGCGCUGCGGUGAUCAUGGAGACCGAUAUUUUAGACUCUCUAAACGAUAUCGGCUAUGAAGGCCCCCUCUCCGAUGAAACAGCCUUCACCGCUGCGCUGGCUGCGGGCCCCAAAUCCCUGGAGCUCACGAAGCUGGUGCACAUCCUGGCGGCCGAGCUGAAGGAGCUCCUGCACCUCGAGGAGACCGUCUCCAUGAUGAACAGUCCUGAUGAGUCUAACACGUUCCUGAUGGAGCUUAGUUCCUUUCUGAAGGAGUUGGGCUGCCCAUACACUAAACUUGUUACUGGCCACAUGUCCUCCCGCCUGCAAUGCACAGAGGACUGCGUGCUGCUGCUCGAGUACCUGGUGUCGGAGCUGAUGGCCGCGCGCAUGGUGCGGCACGACCGCCCGCAGACUGGACCCAACAUGGAGAUUGUUGUCCAAGAGUCCCCGACAGCCAGAGACCUCAAGAACAUCCUGAUCUCCCUGAAGUUCAACAAGCCGCCGCCCGGCAUCACCGCUGAAGUGCUGUUCGCUAAGCUGGAGACCAAGCUGAAGGAUACUAUACAGAAAGAAGGCGACAACCUAGUAGGCAAGCCUCUCUACAACAAGGCUCUGACGGAGAAACAAUGGCGUGAACUAGAGACGGCCUUCGCGGAGAUGAGUAAGGAGUACAAGCUGCGGAGAGAGACGCUUAUAACCAGGCUGGAGUGCACUAUACGGAGCUUUGAGUGGUCGGACCGCCUCAAGUGCAAGAAAGACGCCAUCCUCUCCGUCUCCCGCCCCGCCAUCUCCUCCUUAUCCCCCCGUCCUGGGGUCACUCUGAGUCAGCUGCUGGCGGCGCGGAGUUCCAUGUUGGAAGAUAAGAGGAAGAAGGAUGCCGAGAGCCAUGUCAGGGGGAUCGUUAUUGGGCCGGUGCCGGACCGCGGCGGGCGGCCCAGCGAGGCGCAGCCGCCGCCGCCCGAGAUGCCGAGCUGGCAGCAACGCACUCCUGGACAGCAGGGCGGUGGUCGCGGCGGGCCCCGGGGCGGGCGCGGGGGCGGCGGGGGCCGCGGGGGCGGGGGCAGGGUGCAAGGGGGGUAUAAUCAGGGCGGCGGCGGCGGCGGCGGCGAAGCACGUCCUCAAUCCAACUCAUCCGGCUACCAACAACAGAACAACCAGCGCUUCCAGAGCUAUCAAACGUACGAGGUGCCGCCGGGAGGGUACCAGAACCAAACCACAGGUUACAACCACAACCGAGGCGGCUACCAACAGGGCGGCGGCGGGUACAAUCAAAACCAAGAUAAUGGGUACCAAGGAGGUUACAACAAGAAUCAAGGCGGCGGCUAUCAAGGCGGAUAUAACCAGAGUCAGGGCGGAUAUGGUCAGAGGGGCGGCGGGUAUAACCAAGGCUACGGCAGCGGCGGCGGCGGCUGUAGUGGUUAUCAAGGAGGCUACCAGAACGAGCACGACGACCGCGACCGGCCCGCGCGCGGUCGCUCCAACUACAACCGCGGCGGGCGCCGGUAGAACACAUGUAGCCCACCAAGAAGCGUCCAUCUAUCGACAUCGCACGUAUCGGCCCAAUCGGACAGUUGGGAGGAACUAGCUAAGAUGAGGCCAGAGUGGCGUAACUCUAACGUUCACAAAGGCUUCCUCAAAGACAAUUUUGAAAAGUCUCGACUUCAAGACCUUGACGUGAAACGCCACUCGGAAGACACGCCCUAAGCCCUCGUACAACUAUACAUACAACAGAAUGGUACAGCUCUACUGUGCUCAGUGUGACAGGGUGUUCAAGACGAAGUUCGGACUUGCCAGCCACAUAAGAGCACAUAACAGAGUGUAGCAAGAGUCGCUGUUGUCGGAUACGACGAAGAGGACAUCAUCAACAUCGGCCCAAACGUAUUGUCAAAGAUGUAUAGAGAAACGGCGGCGGCGGCGGCAGUGCCGAUGAAGUGGACGCACUUGUGUGAAUGUCUACAAAGAAUACUGAAUGUGUGCGAUUUCAAAAGGUGGACGCUUAUCUUAAGGAACCUCGUAUCUGUUUCCUGACACAAGUUUGAUGAGUCAUGUUUUUGCCACAAUAAUUAUAGGUACCUAAUAAUGAAUGGAUAAACAACUAAAAUCUACGAAUGGAUUCCACCUGUUCCUAAGUUUUGUAUUGAAACGUUUUGAAACGCAUGACUUGAGAAAGUAUAUUUUAUAGCAGUCUGAAACUAGAACUUACGCAUCACGUAAAUGAUACUUAUGACUACGCUUUAGUAUGUUUUUUCAAUCGAAUAAUAAUAUAACUACUAUUUCUGCCUUAGCAAUAACAGAAACUGCCUAUAAAUUCGUGCUUAGAUUAUUAAUAUGUGUAUUGUGUAAGUUAUAGAAGCAAUGUUAGCUAAGGAACUGAACUAUUUAUUUGGUAAAAACCCGACAAUACAUUAUGUAUUUAUUUAUAUGCAAUAAAAAUCAUCUAGAAUA